AUGGCGCCCUACGAGUCCCACCAGCUGCGCCGGGGCAAGUACGCUAGGAUCGACGCCCCGACCGACGACGACAUGGAGCCCACGCCCACUCGCUUCUCCACCGACUCGCACGCCACGCUGGAGGACCUGGAGGAGCACGACCCGCUCGCCUUCGACAGCAAGCUCAAGCGCAAGAAGAGCGCAGGCGACCUCAAAGUGCGCAAGGCCUCGUUCAGGGACGCAGAGGCCGCCUCUGCCACGCUGCUUGCCCCGAGGAAGAGGCUCACGCCCGGCCGCUGCUGCUGCUGGCUGCUGACCUUCGUCGCCGCCACCGUCCUGCUGCUCGCCGCCGGCGGCAUCUGGGCCUACAAGGCCUCGGUCCCCCUGGAUGGCUUGAGUCCGCCCUGGUACCCGGCCCCCAAGGGCGGAGCAGACCCGGCGUGGGAGGAGAGCUACAACAAGGCCGCUGCGCUGGUCAAGCAGAUGACGCUGGUCGAGAAGGUCAACAUCACCACGGGCACUGGCUGGAGCAUGGACAUGUGCGUCGGCAACAAUGGCGCUGUCCCGAGGCUCAAGUUUCCGCAGUUGUGCUUGCAGGACGGCCCGCUCGGCAUUCGCUUUGCAGACAACAUCACCGCUUUCCCUGCCGGCAUCACGGUGGGCGCCACCUGGAACAAGGAGCUCAUGUACCAGCGCGGCAAGGCGCAUGGCAAGGAAGCACGACUCAAGGGUAUCAACGUCCUGCUCGGACCUGCCAUGGGUCCAAUAGGCCGCAUGCCGGCUGGAGGACGCAACUGGGAAGGCUUUGGCAGCGAUCCGGUACUCCAAGGUAUCGCGGCCGCACAAACGAUCAAGGGCAUCCAAGAGGAGGGCGUCAUGGCCACCGCAAAGCACUUUGUCGGCAAUGAACAGGAGCACUUCCGUCAAGCCUGGGAGUGGGGUCUCCCCAAUGCUAUCUCGAGCAACAUUGACGACCGUGCCUUGCAUGAAAUCUACGCCUGGCCAUUUGCCGACUCUGUCAAGGCUGGUGUCGUGUCGGUCAUGUGCUCGUACAACCAGGUCAACUCUUCGUACGCCUGUGGAAACAGCAAGCUACUGAACGGCGUGCUAAAAGACGAGCUGGGCUUCCAAGGAUUCGUGCAGUCGGAUUGGCUCGCUCAGCGAUCUGGCGUUGCGAGUGCGCUCGCCGGCUUGGAUAUGUCGAUGCCUGGCGACGGGCUCCGCUGGGCCAAGGGUGACAGCCUUUGGGGCUCGAAGCUCACCCAGGCCGUGCUGAACGGCAGCGUCCCUAUGGAUCGCCUCGACGACAUGGUCACUCGUGUUGUGGCAUCCUGGUACCAGGUCGGACAAGACAAGUGGUCUGACCAAGGCCCCAACUUCUCGUCCUGGACAAACGACAAGAUUGGGAAGCUUCACGAAGGUAGCCCAUCGGAUAAAACCGUGGGUGUCGUCAACCAGUUUGUCAAUCCACAAGGCGACCACAAGGAUGUGGUACGCAAAGUGGCAGCUGAAGGCACCGUCUUGGUCAAGAACGAGGACAAGGUCUUGCCGUUGAGCCGCAAAGGCCUCGACAAGGCGAAGAGGCAGACCAAAACUCGCGUCGGUGUAUUCGGCGAAGAUGCACGUCUUCCUCACGACGGCAUCAACAAGUGUCCUGACCAAAGCUGCAACGACGGUACGCUGGCUUCUGGCUGGGGUUCCGGUGCCGUGGACUUUCCAUACCUUGUGGAGCCAAUGUCCGCGAUUCGGAGUGCGUUCGACGAAGAGAACGUCUACGUCACCGAUUGGCUUGAGAACAAGCUGCCGAAACAGAAGGAAAUUGUCGAGGACCAGGACCUCUGCAUCGUCUUUGUCAACUCAGAUGCUGGAGAGGGCUAUCUGAAGUGGGCUGAUGUCCGUGGUGACCGAAACGAUCUCUCUAUCCAAAAGGGCGGCAACCAGCUUGUCAAGGACGUCGCCAAAGGUUGCGGCAAGGGCAACGGCGACGUCGUUGUCGUAGUCCACACCGUUGGCUCAGUCAUCCUGGAGGAGUUUAUCGAAAUCCCCAACGUCAAAGCUGUGCUGAUCGCCAACCUGCCUGGUCAGGAGUCUGGCAAUGCAAUCGUUGAUGUUCUCUUUGGUGACGUCAACCCCUCUGGUCGUUUGCCAUACACAAUUGCUAAGAAAGAGGACGACUUUGGUCCUGGCAGCAAGGUCAAAUAUCUACCAAGUCCCUCUGACGGUCUUGCGCCUCAGCAGAAUUUCUCCGAAGGUCUGUACAUCGACUACCGCCACUUCGACAAGCAAGACAUCACCCCACGCUAUGAGUUCGGCUACGGUCUAUCGUACACGCAGUUCAAGCUCUCGUCCCUGCUCAUCCGCUCCAAGCACGCCAAGUCUGCGCUGCCUGCCGCCCGCCCUUCCGGCCUCGCACCACCGAGCUACCCGACCGACGUGCCCGACCCCAAGUCCGCUCUCUUCCCCAAAGACUUCCACAAGGUGGAAAAGUACAUCUACCCCUGGCUCACCUCCACAGAGGGCACGUCCUUGUCCGCGCCGGACCCUGUCCCGCAAAGCCCACUCAGCGACGCCGGCGGCGGCCCAGGCGGGAAUCCAGACCUGUACACGACGAUCCUGACCGUCUCCGCUUCCGUCACCAACAUGGGCCCUGUCGACGGCUCGACCGUCGUGCAACUCUACGUGUCCUUCCCACAGAACUACAAGGACCCGGAAAGCGGCGAGCCCGUCGACUUCCCCGUCCGCGUGCUACGCGGCUUCGAAAAGGUGUUUGUCGAGGCCGAUUCGCAGGAGCACGGCACCGGCGGCGGCACAGCCCUCGUCACGUUCGAUGUCACCCGCAGGGAUCUGAGCUACUGGGACGUCAAGCGCCAGAAUUGGGUCAUGCCUACCGAGGGCGCGUUUGGGAUUGCCGUUGGCUUCUCCAGUAGGAACCUGCCGCUUGCGGGGACCUGGUAG